AUGAAGUCCAGGCUGUUGUCACAUUCAAACGCAAUCGAACGACUAGAACGCACGUUGUCCGUGUCAGGCUACCAUUUUGUGAAGUCGGAUGCAGAACUUCCUCUCCAUGAGAUUGGUGGUCAGUGGAUAGAACAAGCACCUGGAGUAGAUCGUAGCAGGACCUCAUCGUUCGGACCGCUUACCUCACCGAGCCACAACCGCAUUUUCACGGCUGCCUCCGGUUUGGGCCAUGAUUUGCGACCUCCAAUCAAUCCCUCGAACUCACUGGAAGAAGAUCCGGAGGGUUCAUCCAACACUAGCGAAGUCGAAGACAGCUGUUUAGAUAAUUCCAGUCAGGACAGUUUCUCGGGUCACCACGGCCCCCACACUUUGCCCAUCGAUAAUGGUGCUCGACGUUCUGUUGAUUCUCCUGCGUUCACCUGUGAUCGUCCACGGAUCCCCUCUAUAUCGGUGACUAGCCCUACCUCUUCGCAUUGUCGUCUUCGUACAGCGUUGUUGAAUUCACCCGGCAGAUUGCAUACAAUACCUAACAAAAGUCCGGGUCCCACACUUGGGCGGUCAAAUGUCGUUCGGUCUUUCCCGCAGAAUGGCUACAACACUCCCAGAUCUCCGACCGAAGUGAAUCGCAGUUUGGUUAUCUCCAGACGACCGGAACACAACACUAAGUCCAGUUUGGCGAAAGACAUAAUUUCAAAAAUGCCCAGAACUUUCAGUCCUCCAAGACUUGAAAGGAUACCCUCCCGUUGUCCUCCCCUGAGCAACCUGACUGAAGCUCACCGAUCCUCCUCUUCCCAUGCAUUGUCCGCUGUAGCCUCGGUUGGUUCAGGAUCACAGUUGUCUGUGAACCGACCGCCGUCAGCCGCACCGGCGUUACGUCGUAUGUCCAGUGAUUCAUGUGUUGAACGUACAUUUGCUUCACAAAAAUCCGUCAGUCAACCGCAUUCACCUGACUAUCAGCAUCGGCGCUCAUCCAUGCCUAUCAGUCCUUGUCGAUUGCCAAUGAAAAAGCGAAAGUUCGAUUGGGAUCAGGUCACUUCAGAAGAUUUUCAGAAACGAACCGUGUACAGCCCGUAUAACAUGUCAGAACGUGUCCCGUCCACGUCCAGUGCAACAACUUUAGCUAGUGGGGUAGUAACUCCUACAUCAUCAACACCAAGGGCCUCAAUGGAAACUCAACUGGUUAACGGUGGUUUGACUAUACCUACCCCCCUGAUCAUCGAUUGUCCGUUGGACCGAAUGGCUUCCUUAUCAGAGGACUAUAAUAUGGGUACAAAAAAAGCCGUAAUCCCAUUGAGCGCACCCCCCAGUGUGCCACCAUUUGCUCGAGACAACGCUAGUAUCACAGAUGAUGAAGAUCCGGUGGAUCAUCGUCCUCGGAGUAUCCCGUCUAUCCUGAGCGCAUGUCACAUCCCAAGUGUGGUGGAACACACCGGCACAGGAAUCAGUCGAUUAGCUCAGAGUUCCGUUGGCAACUUAUUUACGGAGUGCGCCAUUCAAAGCACUCUAGACAAACUAGCAGCAACCCUAUCCAACCCAUCUUCGGAUUGCUUACAAAAUCUUCCAACCACGACUGCGUCUAGCCCGUUCGAUAGCAUGAAAAACCUGGAUUACUCUCAGUUGUCUUCGCUUAUGCGAACCCUCACCGCUUCCGGUCUGACCGCAAACCCGACUGACACUGUGUCGUCCACGUCACAGCCACAACAAAUCACAAACAGUCUGUUUGCUGAUGUCAACAGUAAACUGUCCGGACUGGUCUCAUUUAGUCGAGAUGAUGGAGUUCGAUGGAAUUCCGGAAAAUCGAUCGAGACGCUAGCAGACAGUGAAUCGUUCGAUCUAGAUGCGGUCCCACGUGGGUCUAACGGGGUUGCCAACGUGACUCCUCGCUCGGUGGCUAUUUCAUAUGCAAACCAGCGGUCUGGGUCAGCGCGAUUAAACUGCCUGAUUCGACCCCGUUUGGCCAAUGAGUUGGAUUCUGAGAUGAAUGGUAACCGUCCAACGGAGUUACCCAAUAGAUCUCUGCAGUUGAACGAAUGUCUUUCAAGCCCUUUGGAAAAAACCGCUCCACGACAAUCAUUCAAAAUGAAGAAGUGGUUCAGUACAACCGAACCGAGUUCCCGAUGUCUUGUCACGGAGUCCUGUACGACAUCCUCCAACCCCUCUACGUUUGGCGUGGCGGAUUGCGCUGGGACGUUGUUUCACAACAGUCAAAGUACUCAACAACGAAUGGAGUUCAUCACGAACACUUCUGCAUUCCAUCGGUCACAGUCAGAACCAUGUAACCCGAUAGCUAAUGGUGACGUUACUUGGUCCUGCCAGCCCCCUCCUACCACUCCGACCACAUCUUCAUCCACAGAUCCCGGUGCUCAAAUUCUCAUGAUGCUCUCCCCUUCUGAACAGGACAAGCGCACAUCAACCACACUUGACCCGGCAUUGUCACACGCUUUACAAGCAGGCCUUACGGGAAAAUCAUCCAAGAAGUUCCCCCUGCUCCUCGUGUCUGCCAGUUCUUCGGCUAGCGCCGCGGCUCUGGCCGCUGCUGCUGCCAUGGCCACUGGUGCACCUCCGACAAGUCUCGUCCCUGUCCCCGUUCAAGUUAGAACUUACGUAUCCUCUGAGGCGGAUAGACUAAGCGCAGAACGGUCUCCGGAUUCACUUCAGUCGACGCGAUCUGGUGUACAUUAUCAAAAUGACCGCGAGGACGGAUUCGCAACAACGACUCCUCAACGUCUUGUACUUUCAUUCUGUCCUGCCGAUAACGAAAAAAACAAUACUAACAGCACCACACCGUUGGAAAGGAAAUUGUCUUUACUUCUUUCUGCCCCACCUAUGGCACUACCUAACAGUAACACCAAUGUCCAAAAUGGCCAACGCAGUUAUACGAAGUCCAUAAUCGAGCCAAACCUAUCCCUGGCUUCGGAUGCCACUCAUCUCUCGCUGCUGCAACCCACCGCGAUCGCACACAUCAACUAA